UAUUUUGGCACUCAAGCAAAACUCCUCUCUCCCUCUCUCUCCCCUUUUUCUUCUCUGCUUGUUUCCACCUUGAGAGAAACCAAAAUAAAAGGAAAAAGGGAAAAAAAAUGAAGGGUGUUGGGUUAAGAAGACACACAUUUAUGUUUUUAGUAGCAUUUCUAGUGUGGUCUUCAAGUAUUGAAACCUGCAUUGCUAGAAAAAGCAAGCAUUGGAGGCAAAGGAGGCAUGCUGCUUCAGUUUCACUGUAUAAGAAGAAAACAAAAGAUCAUAGUCACGGUCAUCACAAUUACCAUAAUGGAGGAACAAAGACAAAACCUCCGCCGUAUAAAACUACUCCUCCGUCACCAAAGGUAAAAGCUCCUCCAUCUCCUAAGCCUAAAGUCAAAGUCCCUUCAAUUCCGCCGCCCCAGAAAGGCUACGGCAAUGGACAGCAGUCUAAAGUCUUUGACGUACUGCAUUUUGGUGCCAAGGGUGAUGGGAAAGCUGAUGAUACCAAGGCAUUCCAAGCCGCAUGGGCAGCUGCAUGUAAGGUGGAGGCAUCAACUGUUGUCGUUCCUGCUAAAUUCAUCUUCCUUGUAGGACCCAUUUCCUUCUCUGGUCCAUACUGUCAAGCAAACACUGUGUUUCAGCUGGAUGGUACAAUUAUUGCUCCGACUGAUUCUAAACCCUGGGGCAAAGGUAUUUUACAGUGGCUAGAAUUCACAAAGCUGAAAGGUAUAACAGUUCAGGGAAAAGGUAUCAUUGAUGGAAGAGGAUCAGGGUGGUGGCUAGAAGCACCAUAUGAAGAUCCAUAUGAUGAUGAAAGAAAAUUAAUAAUCCCAUUAAAGAAUACAGUUCAAGAACGGCCACCAAUGCCGGUCAGAAAUGAACUCAGUGGAAAAAUGCCUAGCAUCAAACCAACUGCACUAAGGUUUUAUGGGAGCUUUAAUGUGACAGUCACGGGCAUAACAAUUCAAAACAGUCCACAAUGCCAUCUUAAGUUUGAUAAUUGCAUAGGAGUUGUGGUACACGACAUGUCCGUCUCAUCUCCAGGGGACAGUCCUAACACAGAUGGAAUCCACCUACAGAAUUCCAAAGAUGUGCUAAUUCAUGGCACUACUCUUGCCUGCGGAGAUGACUGCGUUUCGAUACAAACAGGAUGCUCAAAUGUAUACAUUCACAAUGUGAAUUGUGGACCGGGACAUGGAAUCAGCAUUGGAAGCUUGGGAAAGGAUAAUACAAAAGCCUGUGUCUCAAACAUCACUGUCCGUGAUAUCAUGAUGCAUAACACAAUGAACGGUGUCAGAAUAAAGACAUGGCAGGGUGGAUCAGGCAAUGUUCAAGGGGUUCUAUUCUCAAACAUUCAAGUUUCUGAGGUCCAGCUUCCAAUUGUGAUCGAUCAAUUCUAUUGUGACAAAAGAACAUGUAAGAACCAAACAGCAGCAGUCGCUCUAUCAGGAAUUACCUACGAAAAAAUAAGAGGAACAUACACGGUAAAACCUGUGCACUUGGCCUGUAGUGACAGCCUUCCAUGUAUAGGGGUGACUUUAUCUGCCAUUCAGCUAAAGCCAAUGCAGGAACGCUACCACCUAUACGAUCCAUUCUGUUGGCAAAGUUAUGGAGAGUUGACCACUCCUACUGUCCCUCCAAUUGCUUGUUUACAGAUUGGCAAGCCACCAAAUAACAGAGUCCAAUCCAAUUAUGAUGUGUGCUAAGCUUAAUCUAGAGGUAAUUUAUGGUGUUUUAGCUUGUGUGGUCGGCAUGGUUUUUCUGACCCCUUUCACACCAUUCGUUUUUUAUGUAAAGAGUGUAAAUUUAGGUGUCAUCCUAUUCUAUAGGCAUUUUUCUUAGAUGGGAUUAUUCCAGUUCAGGGUUCCCACUACGUAAGAUUAUACAGCUAUGUUAUUAGGUAUAGUCCAAUACGAGACUCUUUCGUUAAGGCAGAUUAUACACUAGAUGUGCAUCAAUAAAUCAAUAUAUAGAUAUUUGGUUCUUCGGAUAUAA